UAUAGUAAACACCCUCCAAAGCCAAUGGCUAUUCAGCUUUGUUAAUCUAACUGGUAUAUAAAGCAUAAUUUUUUGUUCUGCCCAAUAGCUUUUAAAAAUGAAUACUUUAUUUGCUGUGGCUUUUAUUGCUGCCUGCUUUCCUGACUUUGCCCACCACUUCGUGCUAAGCAGUGAAAGUGCUGUGUUCAGUGAUCAUGAGGCAAAAUUUCUGAGGGAUGAAACAAGACAGGUAGAAUAUAAAAUUGUAAAUUCCUGGGACAGCAUACCGGUUUUGCAUGCUCCAGUGACUAUCACAUUUAAACCUGGUGUUCAAGGCUUAGUAAUGGAAGUGAACUCCUUAUUCUUCGAUGAUCCUCCAGCUCCACCUGGUGAACCUGGAAAGCCUUUUGAUGGCCUUUGGGACUAUGAAGUGGCUGAAUCCUUCUUUUUGAAUAGUGCAACAAGAAACUAUCUGGAAGUGGAAGUCUGCCCGCAUGGCCAACAUCUUGUAUUACUUCUUUCUGCAGGAGAUUGUAUUGAGAAAGGACUUCCGUUGACAUUUAAAGCUGAUAUAAAUGGGGGCACCUGGAAUGGCACAGCAAUUAUUCCUUGGGACUACUUCCCCCCCGGUGUGGACAAGAUGAAUUCAUAUGCAAUCCAUGGGUCUGGGAUUGGGAGAAUGUAUGAGGCACUUUAUCCAGUACCACAAGAAGAGAUCAAAGAGGGGCAGGGCCCUGAUUUCCAUCGUCUAGAAUAUUUCAAAGAUUUCAGCCUGAAGGACAUAAUGGGAGAAGACUGGAACCAGCCUCCAUCAGAUCUGUGGUCAUAACUUCAUCAACCUCUAAAGUCAAGUCAAUCAUUGAGAAAAAUAAUUACAAAACACGUAACAAUGUGUUGUGCUUCAAUAUGAGAUGUCAAAUAUUUAAUUAGUUGUGUCGUUUCAUGGUUUUAGCGGGUCAGCCAAUUAAAAUAAAUGAAUUGAUUGGGCCUUUCAAUGUUUAUCUUGUUGACUUGCUCCAAAUAGACUUCAGGUUUCAAUAUACAUCACUCUUUAUAUAUCAUUGUUUCCCUCAGAUUCUUGCUCUUUGGUUUAAUACUUACUUUAAACCAAAGGUCAAGAGCUUGGUCAUCAUUUAUGUCAGGAACUUAUAUCUCACUCUUCAUA